AACAAGAAAGAAAGAAGGGGAAAAGAAAAUAAGAAGUAAACGGGGUAUUAAAAAAAAAGAAAGUUUAGAGGUAAAAACAAAUAUGCAUGGAAAGAGUAAGGAGAAGGCAGAAAAUCAAAUCAAGAAAAGGUGACAAAGAUAAGAAGAUUCACAAGAAGGAGGAAAGAAGAAAAAAUUAAAAACAACAAAAUAAGAUGGAGAGUCUUGAAAAUAAGGAAUAAGCAAAAGCAAGACAGAAGGUAGAGAAAUGCUAAGAACUGAAAAGUGCAAGUAAAGAAAGAAGGAAGAAAAAAGUGGGAGAGACAUCCCUUACACCAGGGACACGUGUCUCUUCCAGGAUUUAAAGCAUCGUCAGCGAGAGACAGAGGGAGGGGAGAGGACCUUAGAGGAAAAGAGGAGGGAAAGGGUGAGGAGAGAAAAAACACUAGGUUUUUGUGCUACACAGUUCUGCAUAAUGGGCAGCAGCGGCACCAACCUUGCAGCGGUCACACACACGCAUUUGGAACUGCAGGAUUCCUCACUCACUAGCCUGGACAAGCCUCCUGAAGAGGGAUCACCUGGGUACUACUUGCCAUUUUGUGACAUACUUUACAGUGGUGAUGGAGGAAACUGGGCUCCUAAAAGUCUUUUGCCAAAUGGACACAGAGGAGAUGGGCAAAAGGAACCUGAGCAAUGCCCUGUUAUAGACAGUCAAGGACUUCACCAUGAGCUGGAGUACCAAACCUCGCUGCAUUUAGAGGAUCAUUCUCUUGAACAAAUGCAAACCAUGGUAGUAGGGGAAGUUUUAAAAGACAUUGAGACGGCAUGUAAACUUCUCAAUAUAUCUGCUGACCCCAUGGAAUGGUCCUCAAGUAAUGUUCAGAAGUGGAUACUGUGGACAGAGCACCAGUAUCGCCUUCCACAAGUGGGUCGAAGCUUCCAAGAUCUAACUGGAAGAGAUGUGUGUUCACUGAAUGAAGAUGGCUUCAGAGAGAGGUCUCCAUUGUGUGGGGAUGUGUUGUAUGCUCAUUUGGAUAUAUGGAAGUCAGCAGCCUGGAUGAAAGAGAAGACAGGACCUCCAGAUCUGAGAUAUUGCGGAGGAAGUGGGGUUGUUGGGGAGUGCUGGCCAGACACUGAGGUGGACUCCUCCAGUUCCGGGCAGCCCAUCCAUUUAUGGCAAUUCCUGAAAGAGCUUCUCCUAAAACCACACAGUUAUGGACGUUCCAUCCGUUGGCUCAACAAAGAAAAGGGUAUCUUCAAGAUUGAAGAUUCAGCUCAGGUUGCACGUCUGUGGGGAAUCCGAAAGAACCGUCCAGCGAUGAAUUACGAUAAAUUGAGUCGCUCCAUUCGACAAUACUACAAAAAAGGCAUCAUCCGCAAGCCUGACGUAUCUCAACGCCUUGUCUACCAGUUUGUCCAACCACUAUAAAAUGUGUAUCUGUGGAUGUAGAAGAAGUUAAGGAGUACUAAAGAGAUUUGUGUGUGGAAAGAAGCAAUAACUGGAUGCAGAGCAAAUACACACUAAAGAGAGCAGCUCAGAAACUUGCAGAGACUAUUUUUUUUACAGAGCAUUUGCAGAAUAAAAUCUAAAAAAAAACUGAAAUGGGACUGUAUAUCUCACGCAUACUAUUUGCAAAAAAACAAACAAAAAAAAUCCCUCAGGCUUCCGUGGCAUAAGAAACUUAGAAACUUUACACUUUACAUUUAUUAGGUCAUCUUAACUACUUGCUUACUUUAGAGGUACUCAGUGAUGUGAGACCUACUGGACUCAGUGACCUUAGAAGACAAUGGGAGGUGGGGAGAGCAGGACAGAGUGACCAUAUAGUACUGCAAACAUAUAAUAGCACAGUGCUAUCCAUGUUUCAGAUGAACAGGGACCACCUACUGCAAUUAUGUGAUUGGGAAGUCAUACAUUAGAGCCUAUGGCAGCUGUCACAAAUUUUGAGGUCCAUAAAUAGGACUAAGAGUUCUAAACCCAAAUUAGAGCAAGCUUGGUGUAAAUUCAUGUUUUCACAAUCUGUACAUACACAAUUCUCUUCAUGAAGUCAUAGCUUCUAUUCACAUUAUUUAUUUUAGCAACAUAACCUAUUACUUGUACACUAAAUGAAAGGAAUUCAAAAAUAUUGGUACGUGACCUUAUGGUCUCAUAACUACAUCCCUUACAAAUAGAUUUCUAUUUUAUACACACAGCAUGACGCUAAUUAUUGUAGCAGGCUCACCAACUUUAUUAUGAGGCCCUCCAGGAGAUUCUAGGGGGGGUUCAGGGCUCAGGUGGGAGUUAUGAGUGAGCAUGGAGUGGUGAGUCAAAUCAUCCUAGCCCCACCCCGAUUACUCAUUGCAGCGGUUUGCAGAAUUGUGCAGGAGGGAAUGACCACAAUAAAGCAAUUCCCUACGAAUCUUGUUAUCAAGCCCCAUGACUGUCAAUUCUACUAUGGAUGCAGGAGGCUAGUUUACUCUCUUAGAAGUCCAGGAGAGCUUAUAAAAAUGUGUGAAUCUCCUGGAUAUUGCAGGAGAAUAGGCAUUACUGGAUUGUUCUGACAUGUUGCCAUGGUAUGAUAUAUGACCUGUUAUGUUGAAUGAAUGUUAUAAUUUCUUCCUUUUUUUGUACAGUGCUUCCGGGAAAGUAUUCACUGUACUUCACUUUUUCCAUCUUUUGUUAUGUUACAGUCUUAUUCCAAAAUGGAAUAAAUUAAUUUUUCCCUCAAAAUUCUACACACAAUACCCCAUAAUGACAAGUUGAAAAAAGUUUUUUUGAGAUUUUUGCAAAUGUAUUAAAAAUAAAAAACUAAGAAAUCACAUGUACAUAAGUAUUCACAGCCUUUGCCAUGAAGCUCAAAAUUGAGUUCAGGUACAUCCUGUUUACACUGAGCAUCCUUGAGAUGUUCCUACAGCUUAAUUGGAGUCCACCUGUGGUACAUUCAGUUGAUUUGACAUGAUUUGGAAAGGCACACAUCUGUUUAUAUAUGGUCCCACACUUGACUGUUGAUGUCUGAGCACAAACCAAGCAUGAAGUCAAAGGAAUUAUCUGUAGACCACCGAGACAGGAUUGUCUUGAGGCACAAAUAUUGUGAAGGGUACAGAAAAAUAUCUGCUGGUUUGAAGGUCCCAAUGAGUACAGUGGCCUCCAUCAUCCAUAAAUGGAAGACGUUCGGAACCAACAGGACUCUUCCUAGAGUUGGCCGGCCAUCUAAACUGAGCGAUCGGGGGAGAAGUGCCCUCGUCAGGGAGGUGACAAAGAACCAGAAAGUCACUCUGUCAGAGCUACAGCAUUCCUCUGUGGAGAGAGGAGACCCUUCCAGUAGGACAACCAUCUCUGUAGCAAUCCACCAGUCAGGCCUGUAUGGUAGAGUGGCCAGACGGAAGCCACUCCUUAGUAAAAACCACAUGGCAGCCCGCCUGGAGUUUGCCAAAAUGCACCUGAAGGACUCUCAGACCAUGAGAAACAAAAUUCUCUGGUCUGAUAAGACAAAGAUUGGACUCUUUGGCGUGAAUGCCAGGUGUCAUAUUUGAAGGAAACCAGGCACCGCUCAUCACCAGGCCAAUACCAUCCCUACAGUGAAGCAUGGUGGUGGUAGCAUCAUGCUGUGGGGAUGUUUUUUAGCGGCAGGAACUGGGAGACUAAACAGCAAUGUACAGAGACAUCCUGGAUGAAAACCUGCGCCAGAGCGCUCUUGACCUCAGACUUUCAGCAGGACAACAACCCUAAGCACACAGCCAAGAUAUCAAUGGAGUGGCUUCAGGACAACUCUGUGAAUGUCCUUGAGUGGCCCAGCCAGAGCCCAGACUUGAAUCCGAUUGAACAUGUCUGAAGAGAUCUGAAAAUGGCUGUGCACUGACGUUUCCCAUCCAACCUGAUGGAGCUUGAGAGGUGCUGCAAAGAGGAAUGGACGAAACUGCCCAAAGAUAGGUGUGCCAAGCUUGUGGCAUCAUAUUCAAAUAGAUUUGAGGCCGUAAUUGCUGCCAAAGGUGCAUCAACAAAGUAUUGAGCAAAGACUGUGAAUACUUACGUACAUGUGAUUUCUUAGAUUUUUCUUUUUAAUAAAUUUGCAGUAGAAUUUUCAGGGGGGAAAAAUGAACUUAUUCCAUUUUGGAUUAAGGCUGUAAAAUAACAAAUUGUGGAA